UCUUCCUGUCUCACUCUAUUUCCCUCACACUAUGCAUCUCUUUUCACUCUAAUUCUCUACCUCCACUUCUCUCACCCCCUUUACCUUUUCCUCUCACUCUAUUUUUCCCUCACCCCCACACACUCUUUGUCUCCCCACUCCCAAAUACAAACUCUCUGUCCCUCCCUCCCUCGCUCGCUCCCUCCCUCUCCUGCAGCCUUACCCCCCCAACUCCAACUCCCCCACGACGCCAACAAUGGCAUCAGCGACGCCCACCGGCCCCACCCCCUCCACGACGGCGACACCCCGCCCCCGGCCCAGCGCCACGACGACGACAGCGGCCAGCCCCAGGCCCUGCACCUCGCCCCGAAGCGGGCGCGGCCGGGCCGCGGCGUGCGCUUCGAGAGCGUCACGGUGUACUACUUCAGCCGGCGGCAGGGCUUCACCAGCGUGCCCACGCAGGGUGGCAGCACGCUGGGCAUGUCACCGCGCCACUGCUGGGUACACCGCUUCACCCUGCGGGAGUUCGCCCUGGAGCAGGAGCGCAGCCACCGCCGGAUGCUAAGGCACCACCUCAGACAGGAGAAGCUUAACGCCGUCAAGCUCAAGCUGGCCAAUGGCGGCGCGGUGGCGUCCAAUGCGCUGACGCUGGAUGACGUCUCCGAGGACGACGCGCCCCCGGAGCACGGCGGUGGGGGCGUGGUCGGCGGCGUCAGUGGCGGCGGAGCGGGCGCCGGCGUGGAGGUGGACGAGUACUUCUUCCUGCAGCCGCUGAGCACCCGGCGGCGCCGCGCCCUGCUGCGGGCGUCGGGCGUGCGGCGCAUCGACGGCGAGGAGCGCCACCAGCUGAGGGCGCUGCGCGGGUCUCGGGAGGAGUGCGGCUGCCGCUGCCGCGGGGCCUGCGACCCGGAGACCUGCGCCUGCAGCCUGGCCGGCAUUAAGUGCCAGGUGGACCGCAUGUCCUUCCCGUGCGGAUGCACCAAGGAUGGCUGCGGCAACGCCACGGGCCGGCUGGAGUUCAACCCGGUUCGCGUGCGGACCCACUUCCUGCACACCAUCAUGAAGCUGGAGCUGGAGAGGAGCCGCGAGAUGCAGCAGAUGCAGCAGCAGCAGCCGGUAACCAAUGGCAACGGUUACCAUGGAGACCCCUCCCCUCUGGCACAGCAGCACCAGCCAGUGUUCACAACGCUGGCCAAUGGCGGCGUGCCGCACGUUCCCAUCAUGCAUCUGCACGAGGCGGGCGAGGCCGCGGACGUGCGCCUGCAGGACGAGGAGGAGGAGGAGGAGGAGGAGGAGGAGGAGGAGGAGGAGGAGGAGGACAGCGAGGAGGACGAGGAGGAGGAAGAGGAGGAGGAGGAGGAUGAGGCCUACGAGGACGAGGAGGACAGCAGUCUGUGCAGCGGGCUGUCAGACUGCAGCACGCACAGCCUGGAGACUAUCGAUCCUGACGAGGAGGACGAGGAGGAGGACUACGAGGAAGACGAGGAGGACGACGACAACUACGACGACGAGGAAGGGGAGAACAACGAGGAAUGGGAGUGCUCGCUGGACUCGGCCAGCCCGCCGCCCUUCUCGCACACCGAGGUGGUCCCGCUGUCCUCCGUACUUGGCUUCUCCAGAAACUCGCCUCUCGGUAACCACGGCAACGACCCUUUUUCGCUCCAAGCCCCACCGUCCGACCUCCGUCAAACGGACCCCUCGGGGAGCGAGAUUGCCGCCGCCGCCGCCGCCGCCACCGCCGCCACCGCCGCCGCUGCCCCACCACACAUGAACCCCUCCCUGUCAUUACCGGCGCCUGAGCCCUCGAAGACGACCGCUGUAUGUAGCGCGGGUACCAAGGACACGCCGCCCGGUGGCCGAGACCUCUCCCUCGCCACCCUGGAGCCGCCGGCACCGGCGCCCCAAACCGGUGCUGGUUUCGGGGGCCAGGGAGAUGGAGGUGGUGGUGAAAAGGGCACCCCCACCGGCGGGAUGAAGGUACAGCAGCCCCUGGUGGCGGGCGAGACAGAGGAUCGAAUCAUCGCCAAAUUGUCGCAAACUGACGUUUCCUGUGAGUGGGCGGAGCCAACGGCAUCAGGGACGGAAUGAGGUGGCGGAGACACGGGAAGGACGACCGAGGGGCCAAAAAUACACAAGUCACAGUAGCACAUCUUGGGUCUUUGAGCGCCCAGCGUGACGCAUCUGAUUAGCCAGACCAAAAAGUGACACGAAAAACGAAUACAAGAAAAAAUAUUAUAAUAAAAUAACAGUAUAAGGUCUUUCAAUAACGACCGUGAACCAUCAGUGUUGUAUCUAUUCCUUAAAGUGCACUUCUACAAAAUACAAAAAAAAGGAAAAUGGUUUCAAAGAGGGGGCCCCUUUCUCUGACAUUUAAUGACAUAAAAGGGCCCAGAAGCUUCGGCCCAAAAACCGAUUUAAACUCAUGUGUACCACCUUUUGGAAUCGGUUGUUUUCGUCUCAAAUGCAAUGACAACAACGUUACAUAAAUGACACCGCGUCGAUGAAGUACAUAAGUGUUGCUGUAAAUGAAGUGUAACUAUUUAAGUUGCUCCGUUCUAUUAAUCAUUCAGUGUUUGAUAUUACAGCAUGUUUUAUGGGUUUUACGGGCGUGGCUGGCGUCUGUGAAGAAUCCAUUUGAUUUGGAGGUUCUGGCUGACAAACAAACAUGCCCUCUUGUUUAUGUUUUGAUGUGCUGUUCCGUUAUGCUGCUGUGAAACGGUUCUUAACUUGCCGUUCUGUAUCGCAUGUCGUUGCAUUUAGUUGACAGACGUAACAUAACUCCGGGUUUAAUUCUCCAAAAUGAAUAAAAUAGAAAAUGAAGAAGGUAUGGGCGAUGAAUACACAUUUGGUUUGUAUAGUUUUGUAUAGAUUUCAUACUUUUCUUUCCUCCACGAUACAGUAUGAGUUUUGACUCACAAUUACAACAUGGAUGUUUUAAGAAAAAAGGCAAAAUGUAGUGGAUCUGAGGUUCUACUGACAUACUUUGCUGGAAUUACGUCCUGUCACAACUAGAUUUCAUCUCAACUAUCCUGUUGACUUACGUAAUAACGUGAAUGUAUUUCAUAUGAUUCUUGAUUCUGAUUGUUUCAAUUCUGAUGCCCCUUUGACAUUAAUGGCCGGUUCCUUUGGUAUUAUCCAUUAUCUCCUUCGAUAGUAUUGCCAACCGUAUCUUUGUAUUAAACUCAACCAAACGGUGGACACAUAACAAAUGUGAAAACGUAAGUAUUUCAGUUGAGGAGCCAUUUUAUAGUGUUGAGGUGCAUUGUAAAAACAAACACACUUAGAUUUUAGACAAAAUGGCAGUCUGUUCCAGAGACUAUUAAAUAAAUCGAAACUGCCAAGACAUGGGAGCCAAAUGUAUUUCAUGUUUGCUUUUUAAAAAUAAAAAUUCCCCACACAUCAAUAAAGUUAAUAUUUUUUGUA